GGAGGAUCGCCUUCCACCAGCACCCGACGUAACUCGCCGCUUAGGAUCUGUCACCCCCCUGGGAAAACCCAGCAUAGGAACACCUCCUUAUUGUAGAACGGCUUCAGGCACAACAAACAGCUCGAGCACUAAUUCGGCGUCCUCUAGAAUGGACUUGUCAACAAGACACUGGUGGAUCAUUGUGACGGUUCUUUUUCUUGCCGCUGCUGCGGGUGUUGGUGUACCGAUCGCUUUAAAAAUAAGCGCCGGAGCCUCUUUGGAAGAACGCCUGGAGUUCGCCUCCAGAUUACUACAGGAAGUGCCUCUGAUUGACGGACACAACGAUCUUCCGUGGAAUAUUCGCAAGUUCUUGCAUAAUCGCCUGAAGGACUUCAAAUUCGGAGAGGAUUUGAGAAACGUGACGCCUUGGUCAAACAGCGCUUGGAGUCAUACGGAUUUGCCACGACUAAAGCAAGGGCACGUUGCGGCUCAGAGCACGCCCAGCAUCCGCUACUACGAAAAAUCUCGAUAGGACCAUAAUUUUAUAGAAUUUGAGAAAUCUCAGCAGCCUUGACCAACUGCACAAUUCCAAAGCACAAAUACCACGCAACAAGCGAUCGAUUGAAAGAAUUACUUAAAGAAACCUUAAUUACAAUUGUGACACAAAAAAUAAUUUACCUUAUCUUACAACGUCUGGACAUCCGCCGCACCCACCUGGAUUCUACCUUCAUCCUGUAUUUUUUUCUAACCUUUUUCCAUUCUUGCUUUAAUUUUCCUUCCCCCCUUAUAUCUUUUCCUAUGGUCUUUCUCUUUCUGUAAAAAUCCCAAACAUUACAU